AGUGUCAGUGGAGUCCGUGAAGUGGUAUUAUAGCCCCAGCAGACACUAUAUCCUGCUAAUUACGCUCAAAAUUAAUAGUUGCUUCCAAUCCUAGUGCAGCAGACCACGUUUAGUGCUAAUUAAUUAGCGGGAAUUAAGUAAACUAUAGAAAACGAGUGAUACAGCGAGUUGAACACAUUUUAAACCAGUUUUGAUGUGGAUUUGAGAAAAGUGAUUCGAAUUUUUAUAUUUCGAUGAUUGACUUUUCGACUGGAGGCAUGUCGGGGAGUUUUAACCCUGCUCCUCCCCCUUCCCCUCCCUCUUCAACACAUCAAGCUAUGUUUAAUAUUCUUUCAGGUUUAAGUGAGAAUAGCCAGGGGAACAGAGGUUUACAUUUUAUUAACUCAGAAACUAAUUCGCAGCACAGAGGUUUACUUGCAGGCGCUAACAGUUCUUUAGCUGCUCUGCACACUAUGACCGAUAUGAAGUCUGCUAUGCUCGGACACACACCCCUCUCCCCUUCCCCCCCACCCUCAUCCAACCCGUCCAGCCCAGUGCAGACCAACCCGGUCAACCCACAUGGUAUAGACAAUAUUCUUAACCGCCGAACCGCCCUCUCAAUGCCCUCGGCGGUAUCUCCAACCACCGAUAGGACAGUUGAAAGUUUAUCAAAUAUCUCAAGGUUUGGAUUGAAUCCAAACCCGUAUAUUAAUCAGGGUCUUGGUGGAGGAAAAUUUUCUGAGUUGACCCCGCAUCAACGAGCAGCCUUGUACUGGCCAGGAAUACAAGGUUUAAUUUCUAAUCCUACAGUGUGGAGAGAUAGAUUCGUUCUAAAUAAUCUACAUGGUCAUCAUCUGGAUAAAGAUGGGAAAAAGAAACAUACGAGCAGUUUUAUCAGGCCGACGUUCUCUGGACAGCAGAUUUUCGCCCUUGAAAAAACGUUUGAGCAGACGAAGUAUUUGGCAGGACCUGAGCGCGCUAAACUAGCGUACGCGCUUGGAAUGACGGAGUCACAAGUCAAGGUUUGGUUUCAAAACAGAAGAACAAAAUGGAGAAAGCGACAUGCUGCUGAAAUGGCGACGGCUAAGCGACGUCAAGAAGGCGGCGACGGCGUCGAUCUUGGCGACGAUGUUGAGGACAGUGAAAACGAAGAUGAUGGAGAUGAAAUGGAUAAACGAGUGAAAAUAGAACAAGAACUAAUGCAGCAUCCCGGGAUGGGCCAUCAUAUGAUGUAGUUGCAUCAUCCUUUUCAUGAUUCAACAUUAAACUUGCAACAUCACGGAUCAUAAUGUGGGAUAAUUGAACACAGGUCUGGGGCUUUGAUGUUACGCGUCGGAGCAAAUUUACAUUCGGAAGAAAAAUAGAAGAGGCAUACAGAGAAUUAAAUUUUUGACAUAUAAAUGUGUUUUUCUAACACCGUUUGAAGAUGUUUGCAUAGUGUCACAGCGCUGAGGAUCAAAUACAUCGUGUUUACAUAGGAAUAAUAUCUUCAAAGGAACCUUAGCCUCACAAUUUCAGCUCAAUAUUUGACAAUUGAAUCAAAAUUUAGUCGUGGGUAUUACGGCCGCCAUAUUGUGGCGCCAUGUUGGAUAAAGAAACCGGUUUUCCAGCUGACUGCACACCUAUUGAGACCAGUGAAAAGUGAACAGCAAAACCAAUCUAAUCCGGUUCACGUCAUAAUUCCCAGGCUAAGCGAAAAUUAAUAAACAUGCAUGAAAAAUGCGCAAAUCAAAAAGACAUCUAAAUCUUCCAAAAGUAUGAAACAUUUUAAGAAUUUAACAUCUUUGUUUCAUAAAGUAUGAUAUCGAAUCAAACCAGUGUCUGGGAUUAAAUUAGUGGAAAAUAGUAAAUUAAAAGAUUGCAACUGUUCCAACUGGGGUUCAGCAGAUUUUACAGGCAUUGGCCCACAUUACAUUUUGCAUUUAUAUAGUGAUAAAAUUAAAGGCACCCCCCCCCCCCUUUCUUAAAUGUCACUUCCAACCAUAUUUGUGUGUCUUUUUUCCGUUUGUUUAGCAAUAUGUAUUAAAUAAAUGUGUUAAAAACUUUCGUAAUAAAUGUAGGAAAAAAAUAAAAA